GUUACCACAACAGGUUAAGGGCUGACACUGAACAAAAAGAUGAGCAAGUGGAAACAAAUGGAGUAAAUUAAAUAAUAUUAAGGUAUAAAAGGAUAAUAUUAAUUCUAAUAGGAUUACAUCUUCAACAAUUAACCUUCAAAUUAAAAUCAAAGUAAAAACCUGAUCAGAAGAAAAUCGUAAGCAAAAUAAUGAACUCGUAAAAGUAUUUGGAAAUUAUACCACAAGUAAGGAACGAGUAAAGCCGAAAACGAAUUCCGAAUCAAAGAACGUUACAAUGAAGUCAACGUCCGUGGAUAUGACAGACUUGCUGCAUCACGUUGACAACGAGAUGGCGAUUGGUUCCGAGAAGGGAGACCCGACAGAACAGAACUUGAAAGUUGUACUUGAGGAGAGAGCGUUAUGGGGAAAGUUUAAAGAAUUCACCAAUGAAAUGAUUGUCACCAAAACGGGAAGGCGAAUGUUCCCCGUGUUGAAGAUCUCCGUGAGCGGUCUAGAUCCCAACUCAAUGUAUACUUUCCUGGUGGACUUCACACAAGUUACACCUAACAGGUGGAAAUACGUUAACGGAGAUUGGGUGCCCGGGGGUAAGGCAGAGGUGGCUACCCCCAAUUUGGUAUAUAUCCACCCCGAUUCGCCCAACUUCGGAAGUCAUUGGAUGAAGCAGCCUGUAUCUUUCAGCAAGAUCAAACUCACCAACAAAUUGAAUGGCGGAGGACAUAUCAUGCUGCACUCUCUACACAAGUACGAGCCUAGGAUCCACAUAGUCAGGAUAGGGCAAAAGAACCAGAAGAGGACGAUAUUUUCAUAUACAUUCCCCGAGACUGAGUUUAUAGCUGUAACAGCCUACCAAAAUGAGGAGGUGACGUCUCUCAAGAUCAAAUACAAUCCAUUUGCCAAGGCUUUCCAAGACACCAAAGACUACAGGGAACAGGACGAGAGGGCCGCCUUCAUCCGGGACUAUCUCACCGGAAAUGCAUCUGAUGAGGUAGAUGGCGCUACUAAACGAUUGUCACAAUUGACAAACUGGUAUCUUCCUAACGCUCCAACCUAUAUGCCUACCCCACCCCCUGCACACCAAUACUCCAACCCCCUGACCAUAGGGGGUCAGUCAUCGUAUGACAGACUGGCUCUAAGAAACCACAGAGCGACACCCUAUCAACACCACGUGGCAAGAGGGUCACCAACAAAUGGAGGCCACCCACCACGUGACCUGUCAUCUGGACUAUCAAUGAUGAGUUACCCGGAUAAUUGGACACAUAGUCCACACGCGGUGAAUAAUUUGUCACCGAACCCCCAGUCUUCACACACGCACACGACUAGCCUCCCAGGCCAACUGACGGUCGCACAACCCUACCCAAUAUGGUCAUCGCUCGCAUCAACAUGUACUAUGCCGCCAUACUUCCGCGGUCCGUUCACUCCGCCACAUAUUUCCUCCGUACAAAAUCAGGGACAUGGUGAAAUGGGCUUGACUGGGUCGGACAUACCUGGACGAACAGGACUUUCAGAUAACUGGAGAUUUCAAAAUGAAACAUUGCGUUUGGGGGAGUUAGGAAAACUGGAUAGCGACACAAUUAAAGCGCAAUCUCAUGGUGACAUUGCAUCCAUACAUGCGCAUGAAUUUAAACUGAGUGAUUUGGGACACAUCAAUGUUCAACUUCCUGUUGACGUGACCUCAACAAGUGGGUUUUCCACUCCACCACCACGUGACCACAACCGUAGUAUCUCAUGGACAUCUACUUCAUCACAAAUUUGAGAAAAAUUGUAAAGACAGGCUGAGUGAAUUUUGACACUUCACCAUUGAGUUUGCCAAAAUGCAAGUUUGACAAUCGGACUAUAUCCAUAUCAUUCUAGUCUAGAUGACAAUCGAACUAAAAGUAGCUAGCUGUAUAUUUCUAUAUUAAGGAAGGCAGAGAUAAGUAAAUUUGAGUCCGUCAUAGAAUCCGUCGGCUGUUUCUGCUUUUAGCCAACUUAGUCAACAUAGCUUCGACAUUUCUACAAUGUCUUUUUAAGU